ACAGUCAGCUGAUCUGGUGGAAGGUGGCGGUGGGCGAGACUGGAAGAAGUUUGAGUAUUCAGUGAAAUAUUAGCAAAGUAGCAAGACGUGUGGCUCUAGACUCUCCCUCAUCAAGCUGGGUAAUACUUGUGUGGUGUGCGGGGUGGUGACAGGAGACCAAGGAAGCCUUAUCAGUGUAGACAGACCGAGUAUAAACCGCGGCAUGUCAUCGCGAAGCAGUCAUUCCUCACUUGCCAAGAGCGAGUCGGCAGGAGCGGAGGAGAUGCUUUCUCUACUCCGCCAGUCCCUCAAGUCAUGCAAGAUUCCGGGAGAGACAAAUUUCGAGGCUUCAACUCCUCAUGUGUUUGUCAUCCUCGGGGCAUCGGGUGACCUGGCCAAAAAGAAGAUUUACCCGACUCUGUGGUGGCUGUACAGGGACAGACUAGUGCCAGAGAACACGAUCUUCUUUGGCUACGCCCGCUCUGAUCUGACGGUGGACCAGGUGAGGGCCAAGUGCGAGCAGUACAUGAAGGUCAAGGAGGGUGAGGAGGAACGGUACCAGCAGUUUUGGACCCUGAACUACUAUGUGAAAGGUUCCUAUGACACGAGAAGAGACUUUGAACUACUCAACCAAGAAAUGACGAAGGUGGGGACUGAGAAGGCAAACCGCAUCUUCUACCUGGCUCUCCCUCCGUCAGUGUUCGAGCCGGUGACCUCAAACGUGAAGAAAUGCUGCAUGUCCCCUGGAGGCUGGACACGGGUCAUCAUAGAGAAGCCGUUUGGGAAGGAUUCUGACUCCUCUGCCAAGCUGUCUGCCCAUCUGGCCGGCCUGUUCAAGGAGGAGGAGAUCUAUCGCAUUGACCAUUAUCUCGGGAAGGAAAUGGUGCAGAAUCUGAUGUCUCUUCGGUUCGGCAACAGAAUCUUCGGACCCACGUGGAACAGGGACAACAUAGCGUCUGUUUUGAUAUCGUUCAAGGAGCCUUUCGGAACACAGGGUCGCGGGGGUUACUUUGACAGCUUCGGCAUCAUAAGAGACGUCAUGCAGAACCACUUGUUGCAAAUCCUGUGUCUCUUUGCCAUGGAGAAGCCUUGCUCGACAUCCGCUGAUGACAUACGCGAUGAAAAGGUGAAGGUGCUGAAGUCAAUGGAUGUGGUAGGGAUGGAGGACGUGGUGCUGGGGCAGUAUGUUGGGAACCCUGAGUUGGAAGGCGACGGGGCGCUUGGUUACCUUGAUGACUCCACCGUGCCACCCAACUCUUCCACCCCCACCUACGCCCUCGCUGUCACCAGGAUCAACAAUGAGAGAUGGGAUGGCGUGCCCUUCAUUCUGCGCUGUGGCAAGGCUUUGAAUGAGAGGAAGGCCGAGGUUCGCAUCCAGUACAGAGACGUUCCUGGUGAUAUCUUCCACGGUCAGACCAAGAGGAAUGAGCUGGUGAUUCGUGUCCAGCCUGGUGAAGCUAUUUACUGCAAGGUGAUGACCAAGACUCCAGGGAUGUCCUUUGGCUUAGAGGAGACAGAGCUGGAUCUGACUUAUGGUGACCGGUACCGAGGGGCCAAGCUACCUGAUGCGUACGAACGUCUCAUCCUGGACGUCUUCUGUGGCUCCCAGAUGCACUUUGUUAGGAGUGACGAGCUGGCUGAGGCUUGGAGAAUAUUCACCCCUCUCCUGCACCACAUAGAACAGCAGCACCCCAAGCCCAUCCCUUACACAUAUGGCUCUCGGGGCCCAGUCGAGGCCGACGCCAAGCUGGCCGAGAACAACUUCAUUUACUACGGCUCUUACAAGUGGACCAAACCAAGUCAGCUGUAGAGGAAGUGUUUGUGAGGUGUUGGGGGUGUCUUGGGUGUGUUAUGGCUGUGUUUAACCAAGCCAGCUAUAGAGGAAAUGUUUGUGAGGUGUUGGGGGUGUUUUGGGUGUGUUAUGGCUGUGUUAAAGCAAGUCAGAGGGUCAUAAACACACAGAAGGGUGAAAAACAGUCAUGAAACACCAACAAAACUUUUUAAAAAACAUGCUGAAGGAGAAACAUCAGAUUUUCACAUCUAAUUCUUUGUUUUGUCUUUUCUCUGGAUAAAAAAAAAAAAAAAAAAAUGAGGGAGAGAGAAAAGAGAAACAUCUAAAAUCUAUCUUAAAGCCUCUCUCAAGACAAGUCAUUUAACAUCCCAUCUUGUCUUAUCUCAUCAAAAUGCACAGAGACACAUGAAACUCCAACAUCUAUUUGAAGCUUCUCUCAAGACAGAGUAUUUAACACCAUGUCUUGCCUUGCCUUAUGAUCAAAACACACAAAAGAGAAAGAACCUUACUUGAGAUAUGCAAUGAGGGAGAAAUACACAUGAAAUUCCCAUAUUUACUUGAAAGCAUCCAUUUAACACCUUGUCUUGUCUUGUCUCAGGAUCAAAACACACAGAGGAGGGCUCAUGGUUCCCUCUUUCCGUCCCUUUAGUUGCCUUCUACAGCACAUGGGAUAAAAUUAUUCUAGUUUUCUCUCCUGACCAGUGAGUGUAUGUCAGACUGUCCUUCUUUAUGUUGAGAGAAUCCAUUAAGCCAGUCAGUCUCACAUCCCAGGAAAAUUUAGCCAAGAGUAAGUAGAAUACAAUGCAGUUUAAUAGCAAGACCUGACAGCUCUCCUCAUUGAAAUCCCUGUCUAUCUGUCUAACACCCCAGUGAUAGAGCCAGCUGACAGUAGGUAAAUUACAAGUAUGAUAGCAAGACCUGACAGAAUCCUCAACAUUAUGACAGAUGCAAGACUGAAAGAGACAUGUUUCUGUCUGUCAAUGGGUUCAGUUCAUAGUGAGUGUCUUGUGUUGGUUACUAUAGUUCACUUCCUUGGUAUUCUCAGUUUGUGUAGCAAUCAAGACUCCUGGUAACAGUGGCAUCUUGUUGGGUGUUCAGGUCAUUGCCUCCUGUGGGUUACCUGUUCAGUGUCUCGGUGCUUCCAUGAUGCUGUGAAGGUUCCAAGUUCUCAGUGAAGCAACACAAUGAGGGUGCUGUUUGUGCUUCAUUCCUGGGUGUUUUUAUAGUGACUUAACCAGUGACAUUCCCUUUUGUUUUCCACCAGAGACAGAGAAGAAAGUUAGUUAGCUUUUAGGGUUCCCAGUGAAAAUACAGUAAGAGUGCUAUUUCUGCUACAAUGCCUUGUGCUACAUUCCUUAGUGUGUUUAUAAUGACCAUGACAUUCCAUCUUGCUUUUCACAAGAGACAGAGAAAAGAUAUACUAGUUUGUUAUAAAUUUAUAAACCAGAAGCAGUGCUGUUUUAUGUAAUAUUCCAUAAUGCUUCUGUAGCAAUGUGACUAUGGAGGAAGAAAAGAGAGAGAGGAAGAGAGGCAAGUAGUUUGGAUAAAGAAAAGUUUAGUUUGAUAGAAGAAACUAAAAGGAGUUACUUCUAUAUUAAUGUGACUUUGGAGUUAUUUUCUGUUGAAGAGAAGAGAAAAUAACAUGUAGGUUUGAAAAAAAAUACAUUUUGUUUCUCACAGUUAAGGAAUUAGUGCUUCACAAAGUGUUUCCCGCAGCUGCUGCCGGAUGAAGAAUUAACACCAAUUAAUUUAGUAUUUAAAGCAGAGGUGAAGGAAAAAAUUCGUGAAACAAAUAUGAUAUGAUGAAUUUAUAACUCUGACAAUUAAUUAUUCAAAAGAAUGGCUCUACUCAUCCUCUCCUAAUGAUCACUGGAGUACAAAAUAUUGAGCUGUUCUCAUUGCCUUGAAUGUUACAUGACUGCUGAGUGAGUCUUGAAGGGAAGGAAUUCAUGUUGUUAUUUAUUCAAUAUUUAUGCACCGUGAUGUAUUUGCAGUAUUGUGUCAACCAAUGUAUAGGUGAAACAUUUAUAUUCCUGCACUCACUUCAUUGUUGGAACGUUACUGUGAUGGUAGUGGAGCUAAAUGUGUGUGUGUGUGACUGAUAAAAGAACACAAGAACAUAAGGAUUGGCGCAGGAAGCCAGGAUACCUACACAUGGCAGUCCCUGUAGGAAACAUGCCCAGCUGUUUCCAUCCCUGAUGUGUGUGUGAAGUGUGCUCAGCCUUGACAGUAACAGUGUCCACAAUAAGUUGUAAUCAAACCUUCAGUCAGUUUGGUGUUGAGUGUCACACCACUUAGUGUCUUUGCAGAGGUGUAAGAGGCAGCCGAGGUGUCUUGUCAACCUGAUGUUUGGGCUUCCCUUAUAUUCUAGGGCUGAGUUAUAACAGUGUCUGGCCUUAACUUGUAUUGUGAUGCAAGGAUAGACGGAGGAGCAGACAGUUUACGUUAUUGCAGGAUUGACUAGAGCACAUUGUAUAUCAGGUUGUAGUUCUAGAUUAUUAAGUUUUUUUUUUUUUUUUUUUUUUCAUGUUUACGCACACACACACACACACACACACACACACACACACACACACACACACACACACACACACACCUUUUCUUCUUUCUAAAACUGCAUCUCAUCAAAACCUUAUCUCCUCUUGUCUCUUUUUCUUUAAGUUCGCAAGUUGUAUCAUGAAACACAUUACGUUAAACACUCCUUGCAUAGCUUUUAGUCUGUAUCACAAAGAACAAGAUUAAACUCCACAUUCCUUUACAUUCCUUGCUUAGUUCUUAGUUUUCCUUUAAAGUAGAAAGAGCCCUGAGGUGGAGAUGAGGGAAGGAGGACAAGGAUGAGAUGUAGAUGAAGAAUAUAUUGUGUAUUUUUUAGACAAGGUGUAAUAAUUUAAAGGUUGUAUGCAAUCUUUUAUACCUUGUUCUGUGUAGUUCUGUCAGUUUGUUCUAUCUUAUUCUCUGCACAAAUGUUCUUCAAGGUGUGUUGUGUCCAGAGAGGCACAUAUUGUCAUAAGUGUAGUGUAUCAUUGCUUUUUGUUUGGUGGGGCUCUAUUUAGCUUUGCCAUUCCAGCUGUACUUGUCUGUUUGUCUCUGUUUAUUGAUCCAUCCACCCCUUCUUUCACUCUGCUUGUUCAUCUGUUUAUUAAUAUAUUUAUUUGUUUGUGCAUGUAUGUAUGUACCUGUCUCUCUAUCUAUCUGUCUGGUUACAUAUAUUCAUUGAUAUACCUA